AUGAAGACAGUACUUUCCAAAACUGGCAUAGAGGUGCUGUAUCCCUGCACUAUACACCUGUUGAGAAAUGGAGAAAUUCUGGAGUGCGAAUACAAAUCAGACCACACGGGAAGGGAAUUGCUAAACUAUAUCUGCGACUACCAGGGCUUAUCAGAGAAGGAGUACUGGGGUUUGAAGUAUGUCGACACCUUCGAACAGAGACAUUGGUUGGAGCUCGACAAAUUGAUCAGAAGUCAAGUGAAGAAUGUAUGCCCCAUACAUUUCCAUUUUAGAGUCAAAGUUUACCCACCAGAACCUUACAAACUCACGGAUAAAGAAACCAAACACCAAAUUUUCUUGCAACUCAGGUACGAUCUCGUAAGUGGGCGUCUGUGUUGUGGCCCAAACGACUCAGCUCUACUCUUGGCGCUUAUUCUCCAAUACACCCACGGCGAUUUCAAUCCAGAGAUACACAUAGGGAACUACAUCAAAGACAAAAUCAUACUGAACCAGAACUUCAUGGUGGAGACCAAAGCCAUCGAGAUACACAGAAAUCAUUUGAGUGAUCUAAAAAAAUCGCACAUAGAAGACCUUUUUCUUCGCAUGGCUUGUCAACUGGAAGCUUACGGUAUCGACCCCUAUCUUGUAGAAGCGCACAAUCACAGCAAUUUGAACCUCUGGGUCAACCACAACGGGAUGGUCACCUACGUCGAAAAUAGGAAAGUGCAUCACUUGAAGUGGAUGGACAUCGCCAAAGUAGAGCAAGACGAUUGCAAGCUCAUAGUGAAGAUGGGAAACGACGAAGUCGUGGAAUUCGUUUGUUUAACUAAAGCUGAGUGUAAUUACAUCUACAGAAACGUCGUGGAUCAUUUGAUACAUUUCACUGCUACGGAUAAAAAGUCUACCGCGAGCUUAGUAGGAAGUGAAUUUGCUGAUAUGUUUGACGAGGCAGAAGAAGAAGCGGCCAAAAUUAUAGAAACCAUUACCAACAAUGAAGGUUCUUUCGGAGAAGGAACGUCGAGUCAAGGUGCAGAUGGUGUGACAGAAAUCAAUGUGCCCAAGUCGUCCAUAGAAUGA